CCUGCAUAGACUAUACAAAUAAUGACUGCAGUUUAGACCGUCAAAACUUUAUCAAGUAUACCGUAUCCACAACAGUAGAAAAUGGCUGACAAAAAGGUGGCAGGUGUAGUUGUUGGUAUAUUUGUUUGUUGUUGUGUGGGUCUACUAGCUGGUUAUUUCCUAGGUAGGGAAAUACACUUUCGACCUCCGGAUAAUUGUAAAUGGCAAAACUGGACUCAAUGGAGUGAAUGUUCUCAACAAUGUGGUGUAAAUGGAACACAACAUAGAAAUAGAUCGUACUCGAUACCAGUAGAGUAUGGAGGAAAUUACUGCUAUGGAGAGCAUUUUGAGAAACGUAGGUGCAACGUAUUGUGUUAUAAUGGAGGUACUACCCUGUCGGAACGAAACGGCUGUAAAUGUAAAAGUGGAUUUACUGGGAAGUGCUGCGAAUGUAAAGUAAAAGAUUGCAAAAUGAGCCAGUGGAGUGACUGGUCAACGUGUUCGCGUGAAUGUGGCUAUCUCGGAACAACAUUCAGGACUCGCAAUAUUGACCAGACUCCAGAAUGUGGUGGAAGUGUAUGUACAUCGUCACUGACAGAACAGCAGCCAUGUAAUCGAAUUUGCUACAAUAGUGGUAGAAUAGAAGACGGCAUCUGCAAGUGUCCAUCCGGAUAUAGCGGCCAAUGCUGUGAGUGUAAAAUAAAACACUGUAAAUUGACUCAGUGGAGUGAUUGGUCACUAUGCUCGCAUGCUUGUGGACCUUUGGGGACAAGCUAUAAAAUUCGAGAUAUCCAACAGUUACCAGAAUGCGGUGGAAGAACAUGUCCAUCUGUCUUUUCCGAGCAACAGCCAUGUAAUCGAAAGUGCUAUAACGGAGGAAGGUUGGUCGGUUCAGGCAGAGGCUGCAGAUGUCCAAAUGGGUUUGGUGGUCAGUGUUGUGAUGUUAAUGUGCAGGACUGUGCUAUGAUCCCAUGGAGCCGGUGGUCAUCUUGCUCACAUACGUGUGGUCCGCUAGGAAAACAGUUUAGAAUACGUGAUAUUGAUCGAUCGUCUGUAUGUGAGCAGACUAUGUUCCCUUCCGAGUUGUCAGAAGAGCAGCCAUGUAAUCGAAUUUUUCAGAACAGAGGAACACUUUCUGAAAGGCGUUGUAAUUGUCCAAUCGGAUACAGUGGCAUUUGUUGUGAAUGCAAGAUACAAGACUGUGUCAUUACUUCUUGGGGCGACUGGUCAACGUGUUCGGAAAGGUGUGGUGAUUUUGGAACGAGAUUCAGAACGCGCGUGGUAGAUAAGUUUCCAGAAUGUGGAGGAAUUGCAUGUACGUCUGUCUUAGCACAACAGCAACCAUGUAAUAAAAUUUGUUUCAACGGAGGCAGUUUAAUUGCUCUAGUAAAAGAUUGCAGAUGCCCUGAUGGAUUCGGUGGUCAGUGCUGUGAUAUCAAUGUACAAGACUGUGCCAUGAUUCCUUGGAGCCAGUGGUCACCAUGCUCACAUACUUGUGGUCCGCUAGGGAAACAGUUUAGAACACGUGACAUCGACAGAUCGUCUGUGUGUGGCCAGUCUAUGGUACCUUCUUUAUUGUCAAAGGAAAAGUCGUGUAAUCAAUUUUGUUUGAACAGACGGACAAUUUCUGAAAGUCGUUGUGAUUGUCCAGUUGGAUACAGUGGUUAAUGCUGUGAAUGCAAGAUACAAGACUGUGUCAUGAGUGUUUGGAGCGAAUGGUCAGCUUGUUCGAAAAAAUGCGGACCUCUGGAUAAACAGUUUAGAACACGCAAUGUUAUUAAGGAACCGGCCUGUGGUAGAGAUGCCUGCCCCAUUAAGCUUACUGAUCAAAGAGUAUGCAAUCAGUUCUGCUACAACAGCGGAAUUCGGAAACCAUAGGAGGACACAUGCAGCUGCCAAGAAGGGUUUAGUGGCGAUUGCUUUGAAUGUAAAAAUGUCGACUGCAGUCUUAGUGAAUGGAGUGAUUGGUCGUCAUGUCAAAAUGCAACGCGCCAGAUUAGAUCACGUGGCCUUGUAAAUUACGCAAAGUGUGCAGGUAAACGAUGUGAUGGGUCGUUAACCGAUGAGCG